CAUCAGCAUAAAGCCUGGUCACGCGGAGCGGGCGAGUCACUGCAGCACAAACACCUUCACCACUCGACACAGACCAGAUUCACAACACGACACUGCGGUUCGAGAGAAGCUUUUGCCCGAGUCACGAUGCUCUUCACUUUGCUCUUUAUCUCCACGGCCGUUGCGAGUCCCCUGUUGGGUACGGAGCAGUGUGCCCGCGGUCCACCCUACUGGUGCCAGAACGUCAAGACCGCUUCCCUUUGUGAUGCCGUCCAACACUGCCAACAGAACGUGUGGAACAAGCCUCAGAUGAAAUCUGUGCCAUGUGAUCUAUGCAAAGAGGUGUUGGUGGUGGUGGAGCAGCUUUUGAAGGACAAUGCCACACAGAGCGAACUCCUGGACUACAUGGAGAAGGCCUGUCAGCUGAUCCCUGACGAGGGCCUGGCUGACCAGUGUAAGGAGAUUGUUGACAACUACUUCCCCAUUCUCAUGGGCAUCCUCGAAGGAGAGCUGGAUGACCCCGGUGUGGUCUGCAGUGCUAUGGGCCUGUGUGUGUCCCAGCAGGCAGCUCUGGCUGAGCUCGUAUCCAAUGAGAUCCCUAAGGUGGACCUGAACCAGCGUGUCAGCCCCUUCCUGCUCAACAUCCCUCAGCUGCUCUAUCCCCAAGACAAUACCAAGGAGACCCCCAAACAGACUGGUGGAGAUGUGUGCCAGGACUGUGUUACGUUCAUCUCUGACACUCAGGAGGAAGCCAAAGCCAAUUCCUCAUUUAUCAACACACUCCUCGCGCAGGUGGAGAGCCAGUGUGAUCUGCUGGGACCUGGCAUGUCUGAUAUGUGCAAGGAGUACAUCAGCCAGUAUGGACCACUGGUCUUCCAACAGCUUAUGUCUAUGCAAGCCAAGGACAUCUGCUCUGGUGCUGGAUUCUGCUCCACUCAGAUUAAAUCUGUGCGCAUGGAGAAGCUGAUGCCUGCCAAAUCAAUCCCUGCUGUCAAGAUGUUCCCUGCAACCAAACUUGAAACACCUGUCAAAAGCAAGCCUGCUGAGACUCUGGUGCGAGUACGUGACUCUCCUCAGUGUGCCAUCUGUGAGUUUGUAAUGAAGGAACUUGAGGGCUUGGUUCAAGAUCACACAUCUGAGGAAGAGAUUGUGCAGGCUGUGGAGAAAGUCUGUGAUAUUUUACCCUCCACACUCACUGCUCAGUGCAAGGACCUGCUUGAGACCUACGGCCAGGCCAUCAUUGAACUGCUUGUGCAGGAGGCCGAUCCCAAAACCAUUUGCACUUUCCUCGCUCUCUGCAAUGGCAUCAGCCAUGUCUCUGUAAUGGACAAGCAGCGAUUUGAAGCGGGAGGCUUCUGUGACGUGUGUAAGAUGGCAGUGCGUUAUGUGGACGGGAUCCUGGAGCAGAACGCCACUCAGGCAGAGAUCGAGGUGGCUGUGCUGAAGGUCUGCAACUACUUGCCUGACGCUGUCAGAGAUGAGUGUAACCAGCUCAUUGAGCAGUACGAGCCUCUGCUGGUGCAGCUGCUGCUCCAGACGCUGGAUCCUGACUUUGUCUGCAUGAAGCUGGGAGCAUGUCCUGAGGCAGUGCAGAGGCUGCUGGGAUUGGAGCAGUGCAGCUGGGGACCAGCAUACUGGUGUAAGAACGUGGAGACCGCUUCUCGCUGUAACGCCUUGGAUCACUGCAGGCGUCACGUCUGGAGCUAAAGGAUGAGCAGAGCAUUCCUCAACAAUCUUAGGAAACUAAAGGAGAACUGCUGUAGAGCUGCUUUUCAGUUUUAAAAUCAAUAUUUGGGUUUUCUUUAAAAGUGACAUUUAAAUUGAAUGGUCACUGCUAAUUUAACAGCCUUGUUUCAGGGGAAGUAAGCUUUUAAUAUAGUUU